GCGCGCAGCUUCCUCAGCCUGCCACUUGAGCCGGGAAGCCUGCCUGCCGCUCGCUCGCCGAAGCGGCUCCGCUGCCCAUCGCUGUCGGGAAGGGAGGGGAAAACAAAUAUUGAAUCAGAAGAUCUUGUGAUAUUCUUCAGGAAGAUUGCUUCGGAGAGGACAGUUUGGAGAAAGAAACGUUUGAUAUCUGAACAUUGGAUAUAUCAGAAGUCAUGGCGGACUGGCUUCUAAUUGGACUGUUUGUGGCAAUGGUGCUGCUUCUGUUGCUGACGAUCUUCGGCUUUGCUGUUUAUUCGGGACUGUUUACAGAAGUAAUUGUGAAUGCGGGUUUGCCCCCCAUUGGCAACAUCACUGUGGCAUACAAGUUCCAGGUGGGGCCUUAUGGUGACUCUGGAAGGUUUUUUACAGAGAGCUGCAGUGUCUCUCCAAGACUGUCUUCUAUCGCUAUCUACUAUGACAACCCUCACACGGUGGAUCCAGAAAAAUGUCGCUAUGCUGUAGGUAGCGUCCUGAGUGAAGGAGAAGACAAGCCAUCUGAGGCAGUGAUCCGCAUGUUUCUGAAGUAUGGCUUCAAGAUUAUCAACUUCCCAGCUCCUAGUCAUGUAGUCACGGCAACCUUCCCUUAUACAACUCCACUAUCCAUCCAUCUGGCAGUGAACCGUGUCCAUUCAAGUCUUGAUGUAUACAUCAAGGACCGGAAACUAUGCGCCCAUCCUAGACUGGAGAUCUACAAAGGAAAUAAAAUCUAUUUUAUAUGCCCCCUUGCACGUCAAGGGGACUUCUACGUGCCUGAAAUGAAAGAGUUGGAGAAGAAAAACAGAGCAGCUGCAGCAGCAGUAGAAACUGAUGACGAUCAAACAGAUAUUACAGGUGUGGACACCAUGAGUGAGACAAGUUCCGUCAGCGUUGAAGCUACAACUGACAUCAGUGAGACUUCGGUGGCUACCUCCAUCUUAUCUCCUUUUGCAUCUGGCCACAGUCGAGAUGAGGCAGACAAUCGCAGUGAGCAUAGCUACAGUGAAUCGGGGGCCAGUGGUUCCUCCUUUGAAGAAUUGGACAUGGAAGGCAAUGGUGACGGAAUGGCAGGUCUGUUAUGUGACCUUGGUUCUGCAGAAGACCGAGACCCCGCCCAAGUCAAGUGGACCAAGGAGCCUCUCGCCCCAGAAGAAAAAAGGGGCGAAGAAUAAAGAUGUGUUUACUUACGUUUUAGGGACUGAAAAGAGAAACUGAUAAUAGUUCUUGAUUCUUUUCCGUCCAGUCCAAAAAAAAUUGGUUACUGAUCCAUGUUGAGAGCUUGCUACAUUUUGUCUGCAAACAAAUAUUUGGAGAGUAAUAUAAAGGAGAGGAAAUUAUAUUCAGUAGAACAAUGAAUAUAAUCACAUUUUAUACCCAGACUUAAGGAAGUAUGCUGCAAUAGGAAAUUGAAAGUGAGAGGGGAUGUAGUGUUGGUGGUGAGUUCCGUUUGAACCAGUAAAUAUAAGAUUUUACAUAGACUGCCCCUGGACUUGGCAUCUUUUAAAUUCUUCCUGCAUUCUGUCUUGUUUGAUUUCCAAUUGGCUGCUUUUCUGUAACAUGCACACUCAAUUUGGUGCUGUAUCAAUUAAGACCAAAGAACUGUAGCACUUAUUAUGGAAAGAGACUAGUGCACACUUUCUUACAUCUUUCUAUCAUAAAUGCAGCAUAUGAAUUCUUAUUAUAAUACAAUAGUGCCCUUGGAAAGGUAGUGGAUUAUGUGCAGGUUAGUGUAAUCCCAAUUAGUCAUGUGUUUCUGCUCCAUUUCCCUCUGUUAUUGGUGCCGUUUCUUUCUCUUUUUGGUUUCCAUGGUAUAAAUAAACCAGGUUCUUGAUAGUUACAUUUAAUAUUUUGGGAACCAUAUUCCUUCUCUAGUUUCUUAUGUGAAAGUGUCCAUCAGAAAGAAAAAUCCAUCGCUGUUAGUAUUAAUGGUGCCCUUUUUCUGCAGUCUUGGGAAGCAGGCUGUUUGAGAAUGAGGAAUUGCAAAGUAAGCCAGUGAUCAGUAGAUGACCCGGUUGCCUGUGCCACUACUAUUCCUUCACUCCUGUGGUGUGGUAGCAACCGAACGUAGGAAAAGAUCAAUCUGUUCAGUGCUGUUCAGAAGACUCAGGUACUAUAGUAACCACAAAGAAUUUGAGCCAGCAUGCGAAGCACAGCUGAAAGUUAUUAUAUAUUAUGACUUGGUGAAGUUGAGUUCUUCCAACAUGAUUCCAAAGCACCUCUUACAUUAGGAUGAAAUGACAGUGUUUAUCAUUUUGCACUGGCAAUAGUUUUGAAUGUUUGGUCAGAACAAAGAGGUCUCCAUAAAGAUGGUAUUCUGAAGUAUUGAACCAAAUGUGUCACUUCUGAAUCUCUAGUAAAGCUCUUUUACUGAGGAAUCAAUAGUUGAGAAAUGUGGCAAUAGUUGGAAUCCCCAGUUUCAUUGUUGUAGCUUGAGGAAGCAUUGAGACAGCAGAGUUGAAGAAAAUAUUAAUAUCUGUGUAUUAGGGAUAAAGUAUUGAAAUAUUUUGCUCCUCUUCAGCAUUCUUGGUUCUCUUGAUUGCAUCCUCUUACUAGAGAUUGAUGGUUCACUCUCUUUCUUAAUGGAUUUUUGUCCACACAGUAGGUAGAGGAGUUCAAAAUUUAGCCACCUUCAGACCUGUCUUGCUCUGAGCAUUGACAGCCUGGGAGGGUAAUUCAUGGAAUGCAGUGUUACAAUCUUUUAGAGUUUUGUGGUCCAUAAAGCCAUUUAGUCCCCCUUCCCCCAACAAUCACAACUGAUUCGUUCUUUUGUGCUGUGUUGUUUCUAAAGUCUCAAUUCCCAGUUUAGUUUUUUAUUUCCUGAUGCUUAAAUCUACAUUCAUAUGCUCCGAAUUUUGAUUUAAUUUAACAAACCAAAUCAAUACUGUGCAUCAGAAGCUUGGAGUGUAACAUGGAAUUAUUUGAAUGAAAAUCUUCCAACUGUCUCAUUUUAGCUUUAUUUGUGCAGGGCUCCUAUGCAUCCCCAUUUCCUCAGACAUGCUUGAAUAUCUAGUGCUUAUAUGCCUGUUCAUGUCUGUAGCUCUAGCCAAACUUUUGUGCUCCCAAUUAAGGCUAAAUUAGACAUUAGACAACAUCAUUAAUGCAAUUGCUGUGUCAAACACUAUCAAACAACAGGGGUACGGUGAAAUGAGGAGACAGCAUAUAGUUAUUAGUAUGCUAUGUUCUAUCCCCAGAGUUUAUUUGUUAUGAUAACCUUCCUUCCUUCCUUCCUUCCUUCCCUCCCUCCCUCCCUCCUUCCCUCCGUCAAUACAGUAUAUCAGUAUCAAAGUAUUUUACUGGAUUAUGACAUUUCAUUUAGGUAUGUGUAAACCUUGUGUUUCCAGCAUCUUCUUUUACUCCUCUGGAUCAUGCCAAUCUGGACAUUCUAGAAUUUUUGGUUCCACAACUUUCUGGUUGUAAAUCUUCAGGACAGACACUGGUUCAAACUACUUAUUCUAGAAAAUUUACUUUCAAAAAGACCACUUCCUACUUCUGGGAGUUUUCCUACUUUUAGGGAAACUGCUGGGCCAUUUUUGAAGCUGCCAAAUUUGUGUGGUUUGGAGAAGGGAUUGGGACCAUUCCUCCUACCAUCCUGUCUUCAGAACAAUUUGCGCAUUCCUAGUUUUGUUGUGAAGUGUAUGGGUUUAUCUCACAUAUUUGUGGAUAAACAAUAUACAUCCUCAUAUGUGUUUCCAUGUAUGAAUAUGCAUACUCAUACUUGUUUAUAAUCUGCAAGUGUGAGGGGGCGUGUGUGCAUGUGUUUACAGGUAAUGCCAUAUAAAUUCAUCAUUCUGCAUGUGCCUAUACACAUACCUUCUUUUCUUUGAGCACAAGUGAAUGUGCUGUUUAUUUGUUAACAAUGUUUUAUAGAUAUAGUCAAGAAGUUCAAGGAAAAUACAUACAAUAAUUAAACUUUGCUUCUGAUUGUAGAGGCUGUCUUGCGCACCUGGAAAGUAGCCUGUUGGAAAGAAAAACAACUAGUUAUCUGGACAACUUCCAUAGCAGGGGAAUUUCUAAAUUAGAAAACCGAUUUUCCAGUUUUUCACCAACAGGAAAUAAGCUGUUGAUCAAAAAAUAGAAUAAAAAUCUUCAAACAGCAAAUCCCUCAUGUACCUUCUAAAAUACCCUGUGUUAAUGAAUCAAAAUGUUUUAUUUGCCAACCUGAAUCAUCUAGAGGCUCAGGUGCAAAUGUUUCAUGGGACAAUUUUCUUACUUAGCCCAAAAGAAAACACAUGUCUCAUAUAUAUUUUUAUGGUAGCACAGAUACAUGAUUUUUUCUCCCAUUCUUCUUUUCUCUAGUGCUAAGCUUUGGAAAAGGUUUUGUUUUGCCCUGGAAGUUAACAAGCAAUAUGAAGUCAUUUGGACUGUUUGAAGACAUUGUGAAACAUGAAGGAAAGGUAGAAAGUCACCGGGCAUGCCGUGUGAUGGGAUGAGGAACUGCGGAUGAAUUACUGUGAGAAAUAGCCUUCAUUCUGAGGAUGGCAGUGUGGAAGCAAUUCCCCAUUCAUUCAGUGUUGGGUGGAUCUUCCAAUUUAACAAGACAGACAACACAAGAGUUCUGGUUGCUUUAAUACUGUCAGAGAAUAACAACACCUUAAUCAGAUGGAUAAAUUUGUUUGCUUGCCAUGACUCAGACCAAGAGCAGGAAAAGACGGCCAGUUACUGCUUCUAGUCAUAAUCAGUUUUAUUCGGAGUUGGCCAUUGGAGUUAUGCUUUCAUUAAAGACUUCCUGUUGUGGUUUCUUGAGGUAGAUACUGAACCUAAAUGUUUUUUCUGGGUUUCUCUCAGCACUCCCUGUUUUUUCUCAAGGGAGGGAGAGCGAGGACAGCAGUGACUGGGUUUUGGUUAGUGAUCAUUACUGAACGACUAGCCUUUUGUAGAAUUUCAGGUGUGAGUGGAGAAUUAUUAAAAAUGUUGGUUACCGUUCCUUGGGCCAAACUUUAGAGUGAUUAUCCUAGUGUUCAAGAAGUAAGUUCUAUCUGGUAACAUAUUCCAGACUGCUUCGGGAAUUAUGUUGCAUGACUGUGUGUUUCCCAGGCUUCCUUGGAGCAUUGAUGGAGUUAGUUCGUUUUAAGCAUUUGUCUGGCAGACAGCUUUAAGGUGUUCUUAUUCGGUGCUACAUUUAUCUUUCUCUGUUUAACACUUGCUGUGCUUGUGUGGAGGUACUCUAAUAGUGAGUAAUACAUCCAAGCAUCUCAGAAACAAUUGAUGUUUCAUCUCUUGCUCUAAGCACAACUGGCUCUUAUGGCAGAAAGAAAGACUUUGUAAUCUACAACAGAUACAAAAUGCAGUACUUCAAAAUGAACCUGUUUGAAGAAAAUGAUGCUGACAGAUAAAGAAGUCCUGCUAUUAGUCUAAUUUUAUUGUUGCCUGUUGAGACAUUUCAGAGGUGAAGACAUACGGCUUUUCUGACAUCUUCCUUUUCUUAGCCCAAAUAUCAUCUAUGGUGAGCAUCUCCUUUUCAUUAUCAUCUCUGGGUUCUGAAAGAUCAGUAACACCUGAUUAAAAGCCUGCUGAUACUGAUAGAAGUCUCUCAUUAAUAAGGUUGAGGUUAGGAUGAUGAGUAAGAAUAACCUGGGCAUCCAGAAAACUAAACAUGAAUGAAUGUGGAACAAGAUUUUAGAUAAUACAGAAUGCAGCAAAUUCUUCCUAUGGCUUAGCUAGUAUCCAUGCACUCAAAAUUAUUAGGAGUACUGAAACAUUUGGUUCAAAUUAACCACCUUAAAAUUUUGGGGUUACUUCUAUUUUCUGAUAUCCUUUACUUUUUUAAAAUUCCGUUUUUUUCCUCUGCUUCUGUAUCCCAAUAUGUUUUUGGACUUAAAUGUCUAGAUAAAACCGCCUUAUUCAACAGAAAAAUGCAGAGUGCUCCUUGAUUAUCUCUGCUGUUCUCACAUAGGAUUGAUUCAUGUACAUCUAGAUAGGGUACAGUUCCAUGACAAUAUAUCUCUUGAACAAACUGUUGGCAGGAAGAAUGGGUCUAAAUUGUUAUUUCUCAUUUAUUGAAGCAUUAUUUCAUAGGCACACCAACAUUAUCUAUAUAGCUAUCCAGAGUUCUGAAUCCACCCAUUAAAACCGACAAAGUACCUAUUGCUAAGGGUGAUAAUUCAUUUCGCUAGCACUCUGAGUUGGUUGGUUACAUUCUGUUAAUUUCCAUCGCAAAGCAAAUGUGGUGGUAUGUGCAGAGUGUAUUGCCACAAAUCUGACAGUUUGCCUAAACAAAAAGCAGCUGGCAAAACUGAAGUGGCUGUAGAACUUGCAUGUAAAUAGGCAAACUGGAAGAGGUAUUAUAUCUGGAUCUUAACCCCGCAGAUUAUCCUUCAUCCUUUGCACUAUAUAGUGAUAAAGAAUGACAGCUCAGAGCUUGUUAAUUAUUAAAAUACAAGCUGAGCUGUGAGUGAGGUUUGCUUAUUAGUUUGGUCCUGAUGUGAAAAUUUUUGUUCUGUUAUAUAUUUAAUCACUAUUUUGGUAUAAUGUACAAGGCUUAAAAUGAUGUAUGUGCCAGACUGAUUAAAACCUAGGUGUUGGGUGAGCAGAGCUGUAUGGGGGUGGAGGGUAAAUCCUUGUUAAAAUUAAAAGUGGCU